CUGUAGGUCUCCUCUUGUCUCUCGAUCAUGUUCUAAUCUAGCAUGUUUGCCUACUCCAUUUAAUUCCCAUGAAGACGUCUAAGUUUUACACCCAGGAGAGAGUCUGCUGCUGUUGAUUGAUGACUGAGAAAGAGAAAAAAAGGAAGCAGGAGUCCCAUGAGAGUCAGACUUCAAUUAGUCACUUAAAACCAAGCUCACGGCUUUCUGUGUGUGUGUGUGUGUGUGUGUGUGUGUGUGUGUGUGUGUGUAUAGUGCACAGGUCAGGUAUGUUAGAAGAAAUCGUCCAUAAUCUCGACUACUGUGACAUCCUGGUGUUAGGGGAGGAGUUAAGGGAGGGGUUAGAGACCCUGCAGCUGCCUCACAGCGCACUAUUGGGCAAGCACUUGGACUAUACUAACUCGACAUCCGGCAUGUCCAUUUAUGGUGUGGACUCCAUGGUUCACUAUGCGCAGGUCAUAAGACAGGUGCGGUACCAGAACCUGCAGAACGAUGUGUCAGCGAGAACUUUCAGAGUGACCUGCUCCGAACUCAACGGACGAUACACCAGCAACCCAUUUACACAGCAGAUUAAUAUACUUCACCGAGAACAUCCUGUCAAGCAUGUCAGUCAUGUAAUGGCUCAACCUAAAUCCAUGCAACUUAGUCAUCAUCCAGUCACAGCCUUCGACAGCGAGAGCUCUGGUGAGUGACAGUGAGUGUGUCCUUACAUAUCAAGUGAAGAUUGAAUGAUAGGUUGUGCUAGCUUUUGUCAUUUGGUCUUGUUUUUCAUAGUCUAGGUUGUCAUGCUUGUGCACAAGACCCAUAUUCUACAUACUGUUAAUUUUAUAUAUAUAUAUAUAUAUAUAUAUAUGUGUGUGUGUGUGUAUUUCAUAGGAAUAUGAAGGGGUGGGUAGAAUAUUUAACAUACUGUACAUCUACACGCUUAUUUUGUACCUUUUGUACCUCAUGCACCGAUUAGCACUCAUGGGCCUGCACCGUAAAGAAUUUAUUUAUUUAUUUAUUGUAAUAAAUGGUAGAAGCCAAAUUGUAUAGCCUCUAGCUCUAUAUGAUUUAUACUAGGGCUGUCGAUUUAAUGUGUAAAUUUAGUGCGUAUAAUUAGGGGAAAAAAGAACAUGUUAAAAUGAUGAAGGCAUUUAACGCACCCCACCCAGGCCCAGACCUGUAUAUCAUCUUACAUUGCAUGUAGUUGCUUAGUGACGAGCAUGUUGCAAGGCGAUGACCAAACCCUGCUUGGCCCGCUGAAGGGAAUUUUUUAAAAUUCAAAACGCAUUCAGAUAGAAGUACUGAUAAGACCAAAGUAUUUUGCUAUAAGGAAUUUGCAUACCAUCAAACCAAUUUUAGCCUGAAAUACCACCUGAACUCAAAGCAUGUUUUAGCUAGCUCUACAGUUAGCACAACCCACGCUGCUACAGUCAACACGCUCCGCCAAACCACGCUGACUGAGAGCAGGGAGCACACAAUUGGUGUUAGAGACAAAGGAAUCUCAGAUUAUGUCCUUCAGCCCUCCGUCAGCCUUACAGCCUUUUAUUUCUCUUAACUCUUAGUUCUGUGCUAUGUGUGGUUUACCACAGAGCGUUCAGGCGCCUGGAGGAGUCUAAAUGAACACACCGACACAUGCGGCUCAUAGAGACUUCCCGUUUAUUUCGUCUAGAACAGGAGUAUUUAUACACAUAGAUAACAGCAUUGCAUAGUAGGCGGGUUUCUACUUGUGCAGGUGCUAGACAGAUUUAGACAAAACACACAGCACACUAUGAAAAUAAGUCUUUUCAAGAUAUAGAAAAUACAUGUGUCAGCUAUAAUAAAGGAUGACAGUUGAUCAGCUUAUUCAAAGAGGUAAUAAAGUGAAUACAUUCAUCAUAGGUAUUUGACAGCAGUUCAUAAUAAGAGAAUUCCCUUCAAUUAGUAAGUCUACAUCGGAAAAACCAACAAAUGCGAUAGCUAAACGAAAGUACCAAGCGGCCAUGCAUUAUUAUUUUU